GCGGGGACCGCGCUAAGGAGAGACAACCGCCGGACUCGUAGGAGGAAAGCAAAUAUUGUCAGUUUCGCUCAGCCGAGACUGCUGACUGUGGGAGGCAACGCACGACACUCGGCUAAUACCUGCCGCAAGCAGCCGUGAAGCCGCACAGUCUGAACUUUGCAAGUGAUGCAGUGUCCCCUUGUCCGUGCGUCGUGGCCGGAGAGCGAGUCGGUAAGGGAGCGUGCAACACCUCAAAGACAGCAACUUGCGCCAAAGAACUUCGCUAAGCCAACGGGAAAAGAUGGAACACAGGGGUGCUCUUUAACCUUUGGCUGCUGAAGCAAAGCAGAAACGUCUCGCUCCGGUCGCCCCGUGUCGCUAUGCUGUGCGCUAUCGCCGAGUUGCAGAGAGCGCACAGCGAGACCCUAGUUGCUAGAUUUGUACCGGUUCGCACAACUCCGUUUAACGCGGUGCUGAUUUGAGGUUUCCCUUCACGCAUGCAUGUGGAGUACGACAUUGUGAUCUGGAGGACUGCAGUGUUUGCGAGUUGCUCUGCGUAUGGAUUCUUUUGCCAUUUUGUGUCAAGGCUGAGGAAAGUUUUUCCAAGUUAAGCAACGCGAGGGAAGAAUGGAUUUGAGAGACAAGCGGCUGUAUGUUUGGCUUCCAACAACUGACGCAAGAGUUUGCACGACAUGCAUUUGAGGAACGUCUGUGCCACUUCUCCACUGCCUGGAUUAUAGUGGAUAUGGAAGCAUGCAGUAGGUUCGAAGUAGUGAAGCGGCAGUGAGGUUAACUUAACGCUGUAGUCUGAAUGAACGUGUGCUGAUCCGCACCCAAGCACCGUAGCAUAUCUGCGUUCACUGAGCGUCAUUUCACUUUUCAGACCUGUACAGAUUGAUGGGCGUAGAAUGCAAUGAGUGAAUAUAAGAUCUUUCCAACGGUGCAUGUUCGUGCAUAAGCAUCAUACCACGGACGUUAUUCUUAACCUCUUCUGAAGAGUCACGGGAACAAAAAACACUCGCAAAAACAUCUUCCCCCCCGGUUCGUUUGGAGUGACAGCGAAAGCAGCACAUUUCGUUUGAGCAUAAUGGACAAAAACUGUAUUGCAUAUCAAAUGGAGUUGACACUUUUGAUGGUUGCCCUCCUAUUUUGGGUCACAGUUUGGGCAGACGACAGCAAGAUCAUUUCAGACAGAUACGCUGUGUAUUGGAACAGCACGAAUCCCAGAUUCGUACACGGGGAGUACACGGUGGAGGUGGCCAUCAACGACUACCUCGACAUCUACUGCCCGCACUACGAGGUGCCACUGGCGCCGGAGCGCAUGGAGCGCUACGUGCUCUACAUGGUGAGCUACGACAGCUAUAUCACAUGUAACCACCUCCUCAAAGGCUUCAAGAGGUGGGAGUGCAACAGGCCGCUCAUCCCCGGUGGGCCGCUGAAGUUCUCCGAGAAGUUCCAGCUCUUCACACCUUUCUCGCUGGGUUUCGAGUUCCGCCCAGGACAUGAGUACUACUACAUCUCCUCCCCGUACUCUAACCUUGCUGGGAAGCCCUGCCUGAAGUUACGAGUGUAUGUCAAGCCCACAAAUGACUCAGUGUACGAGUCCCCGGAGCCAUUUUUGACGGACGACACCAACGGCAGCCGUGCACCCGCCCCCUGCCUCUCUCUCGUCCUGCCGGUUCUCUUUCUACUGCUCAGCCCCUCCUAGCACCACGGCCCCGCCCCCGCCACGCCCCCCCAUCGGGUACCAGGCACCCAGCCUCGCAUGCACCUCGCCACUGCUGUUCCCUCUGCUCCAUGCCCCAUCAACCCCCACAGCUCCAGCCGCCCGCCGGCCACACCCGCUAGCCACCCACAGGCCACACCCACCACCUCUCCAGAACUCUCUGCCACCCCUCACGGCGUCUCCACCGACUCCCCUCUUCAGCGGGCCUCUCUUCAUCCGACGCUAAAGGACAGCCGACAAGAAAAGACUGCAGCUCGGAAAAUACGGCUACUCGUGACGCGCGCUAAGGCGGCGGCGUGUCCGCGUCUCCAUGAUGUCGCUGGCGAGCAUCUGAACCCCUGUGUGUUUGACUCGUCCCCGUCUCCCGAGUAGGACC